AGGAUGUACGAAGAGGAAAAUAGACGAACCUGUCCAAGUAAAAAGGUUGUAUCGGAAAUAAAAAGGAAAGAAAGGGAGAAGCGGCCGAGGUUGGAUGGUUGGGUCAGGACGUCGAAGAAGACAACGUGUGCGUACGGGCACGUGUAACGAGCAAACGGUGUUAUUUAACGCUGCAGCUAUUUCCAGAACAUGGAAUGAGAGAAUCGAGCUUCCUUCAGGGAUGAACUCCUGACGAGAGAGCAACGCCUGCCACCAUGAUGGAACCGCCAGUUACGAGCAAGGUCCUGCGGGCUCCUAACCUGAAGAGAGGUCAGGAAAACGUCAGGAUUCAGGACAGGAUCAAACUAGAACGCGUUCUCGGAGUAACCGUAUCGAGCAAUGCAGCCCUGGAUUGCGACGCGACCAGCGAGUUGGUCGCUUAUCCUGCCGGCUGUACCGUCGUUUUGUUCAACCCACGAAAGAACACUCAGGCCCACGUGUUGAACGCUUGUCGCAAAACGGUAACUUCUUUGGCCCUCGCUGGUGAUGGAAGGUUUCUGGCCACCGGAGAGUGCGGCCACAUGCCGAACGUUCGAGUUUGGGACAUCUCCGAUCCGUACAAUGCCGUGCAGUUCGCCGAAUUUUCCGGACACAAGUACGGCAUCAACUGCGUGGCAUUUUCACCGAGCAACAAGUACGUGGUAUCCGUGGGCUCUCAACACGAUAUGAUCGUCAACGUCUGGGACUGGAGGAACAAUGUUAAAGUGGCGUCGAACAAAGUCUCGAGCAAAGUGAAGGCCGUCUGCUUCGCGGAAAACGGCAAUUACUUCGUUACCGUCGGCAACAGACACGUCAAGUUUUGGUAUCUCGAAUACUCGCGCAGUGCCAAGUAUAAGGAACCUGUGCCUUUGAUGGGUCGGUCUGCCAUAUUAGGAGAACAGAGAAACAACGAUUUCGUGGACGUAGCCUGCGGCCGAGGGGAUAUGGCGGAUUCGACGUACGCGAUCACCAAAACGGGGCUUCUAUGCGAAUUUAAUAACAGGAGGCUGUUGGACAAAUGGGUGGAGCUUCGUACGAGCAGUGCCAAUUGCAUGGCCGUUGGAGACAAAUACAUCUUCAUCGGUUGCGCGGAGGGAAUCGUGAGGUGCUUCAGUCCUAACACGCUUCAGUUCAUCACCACGUUACCGAGAACGCAUUACCUAGGCGUGGACGUCGCUCAGGGAUUGUCCAUUAGUCACAUGUCUCAGCAUCCGACGAACGCGAGGUAUCCGGACGCGAUCGCGCUGGCGUUCGACGAACGGAACAACAAGCUUACCUGCGUCUACAACGACCACAGCAUCUACGUGUGGGACGUGCGGGACAUCAGGCGGGUCGGCAAGUCCCAUUCGUUUCUCUACCAUUCGGCGUGUAUCUGGGGCGUCGAGAUGUAUCCCACAGGAUCGGAUUCCAUGACCAGUAUGCCGGCUGGCAGUUUCAUCACCUGUUCCAGCGACGACACCAUCCGCGUGUGGAACCUCGAGAAGGACAUCUCCCCGGACGACACGCUCUACAAGCGAAACAUCUAUAGCAACGAGUUGCUCAAAGUCCUCUACAUAGAUCCGGAGCUGACUUACUUGAAGGAUCUGGAUCUGGCCGCUGCCGGGUCGAGCGAAAAGAGCGACGCGUCGUACGACGGACGAAACGGAGUCAGAUCGAUCCGAGUGAGCCCGGACGGGAAACAUUUGGCGUCCGGUGAUCGGUCUGGCAAUAUUCGAAUUCACGAUCUCUCCUCGUUGGAGGAACUGUGCUUGAUCGAGGCGCACGACGCCGAAGUGCUCUGCCUGGAGUAUUCCAAGUUCUCCCGAUACUCGGCGGAGCCUCCGAGGCUGCUCGCCAGUGCCUCCAGGGAUAGGCUGAUCCACGUGUUCAGCGUCGAUCAAGGAUACAACUUUUUGCAAACGCUCGACGAUCAUAGUUCUUCCAUCACUGCCGUUAGGUUCUUCAAUCAAAGUAAUCAGAGCAAUCAGAUACAAAUGGUCUCCUGCGGUGCCGACAAGAGUAUCAUCUUUAGGCAGCUGCAAUCGACACCGGGAGGAAUGCCGCAAUUCGCCAGAGGUCACAACGCCCAGGGCAAGACCACUCUGUACGAUAUGGAGGUCGAUUCUGGACAGAAACACGUCUUGACCGCCUGCCAGGACAGGAACAUAAGGGUUUACAACGUAACCACGGGUAAACACAGUAAAACGUUCAAGGGGUCUGUCGGCGAAGACGGAUCGCUCAUCAAAGUCGUUCUGGACGCAUCGGGAAUCUACGUAGCUACCUCGUGUACGGAUAAGACGUUGUGCGUGUACGAUUACUACAGCGGCGAAUGCAUGGCCACUAUGCUCGGUCACUCGGAGUUGGUGACGGGGCUGCGCUUCAGUCCCGACUGUCGCAACCUCGUGUCCGCCAGCGGAGACGGUUGUAUAUUCGUGUGGCGCGUUCCACGCGACAUGGUCGUCACUAUGCAGGCGCGUCUCGCUCAGCAAGCGAUGCGAGCUGGAAAGAGGCCGUCACAAGUGAACGGCACGGGGAUCGACAUACAGCUGGACAACGAAACUUUCGGCUCGCCACCGCCGGAAUUCCUCGAUCCAAACGCGAACCCAACGUCGCAGAACGUUGGCGUGGAUUACAGAUUCAGCGUUGGCCAGCUACCGCUCUGGGCGAAGAAGCAGAUAAACACGACGAACGCGGACGAAGGUGCUGUCCUCGGUUCGAACGUGAGACCACUCGGCGUGGACCUGCCGAAGGGCAGAUGGGCGCAAAGGGUUCAGCAAGGAGACGGUAUAACGGUCAAGUCCGUGUACGACAGCGACGAGGUUAUACCGUUUCCUCCGCCUCGUGGCGCUAUCGAUUCCGAUGGCGGUGGCGGAGGCGGCGGUUCGAAAGAUAGUUCGAUCGACAGCGGAACCGAGACCAAGUGCAGCAGCGAUUAUCGCAGGGAAACGAUCGUCAUCAAAAGGGAAGAGGACGAAACUGUAUUUCAACCUUGCCCAGAUAGUUACAGAGAAUUAGCAGAUGAAACGAAACAGGUGAUCGGUGGUAACGUGACUGUAACUAGAGGUAGCAAUAUCACGGAAUUGACACGACAAUCAAGGAGUCGUCAUCAUACCGACGAUAGCAGUCUUGGCAGCUUUAAAUUUGAGGAUCACGAGAGUACCGAGCACGACGGAGACGUGGAAGAUUAUUCGGAAGGAGAGAACGGUACAACCGGUUCAGAGAAAUCUCAUCAUAGGUUGAUGUAUUAUCCUGCACCGGAAGAUACGGUGUCGAAUCAAUUCACCGUAAACGCGAUGGACGUCGAAGAACUUCGAAGGUCUCAGAGGAGACAGAAGAAGCCUAGAAACGGGGAGAGCGGUCGAACGAGCGAAUUAACCGCUUCUGGCAGUCAAGACGACUCGGACUCCGAGGGCGGCGCUUCGACGCCCAGUGCCGAGCGAAAUCCUCUGUCUAUGUUGUCGGAAGCUAGUUCGGAGGGAUUCGACCAACUGGCCAAGCAGAGUCACCGUGAAAAGUUCCUUAAGAACGCUUUUGAAUCUCUUAGCGGUGCCGAAGAGCCUACGAAUAGAAGCGUUAAAACGACUAGCAUCAGUUCCCAGUUUCACGGAAGACUCAGCGGUAACGGCGAUAACGGCGGCAACAACAAGAUUCGCAACGCAGCGGUAGUGAACGCAACGAAGCAAGCGAGAGGUGACUCGGACGUCGUGAAGAAGCGCGAAGAGUUGCAAAGGAGAAUAGAGGAAACCAGAAGAAAAUUGCAAAGCGUCGGUUAUAAGUCGUCGUUAAAAACCAGUCAAAGCAUAUCCGAUUUGAGCAGCCAUAUACCGGAGAAACAUCAUCGUUCGAAUAGAUUGAGCACAGGUAACAAAUCUGGUCAACAAACCCAAUACUCGAAACCGAUCAAUCCCUGUAAACCUAUACCGAAUCCAAAGCCCCCGUUAAAACCUCAACAACUCGUUAACAAAAUAUCGGUUGUGGGUAAUGCGCCACUUAAGCUAGAUAUUCCGAACGAUAACUGCUUAUCCAAAAGUCCGACUACGUCGUGCGUAAAUGACAAGACAAAACCGUCUCUUAGUCGACCGUUAACGUUAACCUUAAAGAAAACUGAAAAGUAUAAGCUAUCGCUGAAUAAACCGAAUCAAUCUUUGCCCGAGUCGCCCGUCUGUGAAGAGCUAAAGCUCUUGAAGGAACAGUGUAAAAAGAACGUUAGCCGAUUCGCGAGAUUCGCUCAGAAAAGGAGAUCGUGUAGUUACUUUAUCGGACUCGAUGACAACGAGGAAGACAUGGAAAAUAUAGCCAAGUCUUUCGAGAGUUUACCGGCGAUGAACGAGCGCAACAUAGAAAACUUGAACGACCCGAUGGACGACGGGGACGAAGGGAACGGAAACUUCAGCGACGACUCCCUGGAAGGUGACUUUAAGAAUCCACCUCGACGAUGCGUCAGCGAUUAUCAGAUAAACAUGCAUAUCGAUCAUCAGCAAGGCACUCAGAGAAACUAUUCCACGUAUCAGACUUUCUCGAAACGGAUUCUAACCGGCUCUCAAGAAAGCAUCCUUUCGGACGCCUCGGUCGAGUCUUUCUCGAAAGGAAGCGCCGAAAUUUUGGAUUAUAGCCACUACGACAACGACAGGCAUUCGAGCGCGAGUUUCUUCCUGUCCCGCCGAAAGAUGCAAGCUGGUCGAAGUCACGAAAGCAUUCUCACGGACGAAUCCGAUUAUCAGAUGUUCCCGUUGCACGAGAACAUCGAUCACCGAAGCACCGAGAGCGUGUUGACCGACGACUCGGACUCUUUAGUGAAAUCCGCGCCGUUGGAGAUGCUGUUCGAUUCUCACUAUAAACGAAAAAGGCAAAAUUCGGAAACGUACAGCGGUAAUCCGAACAACGCCGUGAUACCAUCGAGUAAUAACGAAAAUUCUGCUAACGAUCCAACGUCUUGUCGGGCUGUAUUCAGAUCGAAAUCGCUGCAGGACACGCGAAUAAGCCAAGCUAGGAACGAGAAUAGCUAUUCGGAGGAUAACGCGCAGCCGGCAACUUGCAUCUACUACGAAUUCAAUUUCAACGAUCAGAACGACACGAACGUCGAAAUGAGAAUCGGAACUAAAUCGGACACGAUGCCGCGAAGCAACAGCCUAAAAGUUGCAAAGGAGCCGCAGUCGAUGUUGAUUCUGAACGAUUUCGUGGCUCACAAACCACCGAAACCUAAACGCAACUCGGCUCGAACGCAGAGCAUGCGGAACAGAGCACGCCCCGCCUGGAACAAGUACGUGGACUCUGCGUCUCAGUCUUCCUGCGUCAAGUCCGCCGAUUCCGACAACUAUCCGAACAAGUCUCACGGGGAGGACCGAGCAGGCAGAAACGCUGCCGAAGGCAAGUCCGAUGCGAACGAAUCGUUGCACGCUUCGAAGAGGAUCGAGCAGUUGUUGCAACCCUCCAGCUAUUCUUUGCAGCCAAGCGACGAUAAAGAUUCGAAGACCAAGUUUUACAGCCUGCAGACUCGUCGGUCCGACAAAGGUAUCGCGUACGACGCGGGUGGACCGAUGGACAACUUUGCCUUCGAUCCAAACGAUUCCUCUUGUCAAACGAAGAGCUAUCGAGCCCGCGACGUGGACGAGGAUCAAAUAGAUUCUUCCCAGGCGGAGAGGAAUCGACAUCGUUGCUUCGAGAAUCAGAUACCAACGAAAGACACGCAGGAGACCUACGACUCUCUGGAGCCUCCCACAGUCGUCUCCUGCGACUUGCAAGCGACCGGCAUGCAAAACGCUUCGAAUCUAUUGACGACGAACGAACGCAUCGACAAUUUGGACGCCAGCGUCGAUCUCAGAAUCACUCGAGCCAUCGAAGGGACCGUUAAGUUGCUCUCCAAGGAAUUCGAAAACUUGGUGAGAAGGGAGCAAUACCUAAUGAAAGAGAAGUGUCUGCGAAUGUCGCAUUGUCAGGAGACGAGCGAAAACUUCGCCAAGCUGGAGGCGGAAAGGGACGGCAGAUUUUGUUCGUUGAGGCGCGACAUAAGAUUCCAUUCCGGGGGCGAGGACAGCGAUUGCGCGGACACGUCUGCGAUGGACAAGUCGAUGAUGGAAAGCGGUUCCUCCACGUCCGCUUCGAGCUGCACGAACUCGCCAAAGCGAAUGUGGCCGCCAGCCUCGCGCUGCCAAAGUCACACGAAGUGGACUAAAACGUUGCCCACCAUUAAUCAAGCCAUUCUACCAUCCAAGCAUCUGUACGCAGUUUCAGGAAAAGUAGGUAAUAAGAACGCGAACGCUUCGGCGAGAAGUGGACUAGGAAGUGCAAAUAGCGGGAAUCAGUCGCGGCACGGUUCGACGAAGAAUCAUUCUUCUCACAUGACAAGGAGCAGCAGCGUUGGCGUCCUAAAUCAGAGUGACUCGGAAUCGGACGUUGGAGCUGGAAACAACAGGGGUUGGAACAAUCAGACAGGCAGCAACAGAAUCAGCGGGCUAAUGAGGCCGACGAUCAGUUCGCAAAACAAAAUCAAUCAUCAGGCAAAGUCGAACUCCUCUUCUAACAGCAAUUUGCCUUCCGUUCUCAGAAGAAGAGGAAUGCAGGGAGCAUAUUCGAGUGUAAAUCUAAGUCAAGUGGGUAAUCAGGAAGAUUCGAGUUCGGAAGAUACCUCCUCCAAUGGAAACGGUGGAAAACCAGCGCUUCCACCGAGACCUCGAAGUAUCAGUAUCGACCACUCCACGACGAGCUUAAGUCUACCCGGUACAACGGUAAGAAGAUCGGGAUCGACGACGAUUAUAACUAACGGUCGUAACGGAAAUAACACGAUGGGACAGAAUGCAAGUCGGAUGUCGACAACAAAUCGCAAUCAAUUAGAUCCUAGCCCACAGGAACUUCCAGUUAAAGAUACCGAUCGUGCCAUCGAUGUAGCCAGUGCCGAAUUGUCGACGCAACUGUGCAAUACAAUCGCAGACGAAUUAACACGAACAGCAGACAAUGUCGUGCAACUGUACAAACGUUUAACGAUAGAUAACGAGGAUGAUCCGUCUCGAGCUAGCAUUGACAGGGACACGAUGUUGCGCGGCCUCGAGUCGUCCGUAAACGAGACGAUGCGCACAUUGCGACUGGUGGUCUCAGGCGGCGAAGGCCACGAAGGCUCCGCCAAUCCCGAGAACGUUACAAUGAACGAAGCCACCGCCAAGUUUCAAGAACUGCUUGCUGGCCAAGACCAAGGAAAAGUGGUUAACAUGAUGCAGCAAUACUCCGAGUUGCUACUGAACAUGAUGCAACAGAGAAUGGGAGGGACGCAGUCAAGCCAUACGUAAAAUCCGUCCAUUCGCUAGUUCUCUAAGAAGAAAACGAACGAUCAGGACAUCAGCUACACUACACGGUCCUCAGGUACCGUAUACGCGAGCACAUAAAGCUCCACACCUCUCAAUCUCUGUAAACUCUUCCUAAAAGCGUAUCGAGACACGGUAGAUAGUAUUUAAGAUCCUGGCUCUGAAUUCUUAUCUUCGAUCUCUCGUUGUUUCCGAGAGUGGUUUUACGAGUGCGCAGGAUCAAACGUUUAAGCGUGAACAGUUUUUUUUUUUUUAAAUACGCGGAACGGUUGUUUCAUUGUAAACGUUGCUGUCAGAAGGUUGGCGAUUCAACGAAAAGAAUUGUUCGUUUGAAGGUCAAUAUCAGUUUCUGUUUCUUUUUCUCUUCUUUUUUUUUUUCGAAAGCAACGGAUCUUUGUGUUUUCGAUUGAACGAGUUUGAAUGAAUUUUGUCCUUGAUCGAGGAGCCGCGUAUCGCGUAAGUCGUGUCGUGCACUGAAUGGUGUUUCUAGCCAAAGUUAAUAGAAUAUUUAUCAGCGAUUUCGUGCGACCAAAUAUACAAGAUUCGCGAAAGUUUGAACGGGCUAAUUUAGAAACAACUAGAAAUGUGACGCGGCAAUUUUCAAGUUUCUAGAAAUGUUGCGUUUGGAGAUCUUUCCUGUCCAAUUUGGAAGGAAAAGCGGGAAAUGGAAUAAUUACUCGUAUCUUGAGGCCAUACGCCGAUAAAUGCCAAUUAACUAAAGACUCUUAGAUUAGUUUUCAAACAAAUAUAUAUAUAUAUAUAUAUAAAUAUAUAUAUUUAUCGAUCAUUGCGCGAUAUAUUAUAAUAUUAGUCCUCUUGUUAUGUAACCAAAGGUUGUUUGUACCUAUGGUCUAAAAAGCAGUCUCCCUUCCUUCCCCCGAUAUUUGCAAAAGCUUCGAAAAACUGUAAUGAACGUAUGCAGUGAGCAAUGUAAACUUGCCAGUUCGAGUAAAAGAAAAAAAAAAGAGUAACUAGUUUCUAAUUAACGCAUUUAGAUGAAAGAUGAAUGUGUAUCGGCUUUGUAGACUUAACCGUGUGUCUGUCAGGGAUAGGAGACGGAUAUGUGAUUUUAUAUCUUUAAAACGAAUAUAAUCGCCGAAUAGGACGGGAGUGUGUCGCCUACUAAUUUUACUUAGCAAAGAAGAGAUAAACAAGUAAUUGUCGAACAAUGGAUCGCGAGUCGAGAUAAGCAAAAACAGUAACAGCGAGAAGUUUCAUUUUUCUUCGACGAAUUGAUUUGAACCGAGCCUACACGAUGGAUACACGGAAACUGUGCUACGUUAGUAACUGCAUAUUUUGUCAUAGAAAUUAUAAAUAUUUUUACACGCGAAUAACGUCGAGAGACAAACAAAGCAAAAGUUCCACAAAGUACCGUAAACUUUCGUUGAAAGGUUAUACUGGAAUUCGAGGGCAGAAAACGGGCUUUACAAGUUUCAAAGGAAGGAAUUGCAUCGAGGAAUCAAAGUAUUACGAACACGUAUUAUUAACGAUUUUAACGUUUAUUACAAAAUACGCGCGAUUCGUUUCUCCGUUUAAUAAAUUGUAAUUACGUUUGUCCUCUGUGUAAAGUUUCCAUAUUGUAUGUAAUGUAUAAAACGUGCCAUUUAGGUUAACCAGUAUCACUCGCUUGUACUCUAUACGAGAACGUUUUAUUGCUUCUUUAGGCGUGUAUCAUUAAUCUCUUUGUUGAUAAACGUGUAACAUAUCUUUAGUAUCAUUCACGGGGACAUAGGCCUAAAGUUGUUUUCAUUCGAUUACAUAAUUUAUUAGAUACUGGAUUAAGAAAGACGAUUCUUACAACAAAUUGCAAUUCAGUAUUGCUUUACUUUAUAAUAAUAUCACUUCUUUUUCUUUUCAUCGAUGACUCGAUCGGGAAAAUAUUAUUUUUCAUUGUUUAGUCGUGUAAUUUUUGCUAGUGAAAGAAGCGACCUUUUUACGGUGGUGACUAUUAUUCUUGAAUGAUACGGAUCAAUACCUUCGCCAUUCGUUGGUUCCAUAUUUUCCAGCGAACAUGUCUCAACACGAGUAACGUCGUAAUUAAUAACCCGCGUAUCGUUCGCGGACAGAAGUCGAUUUGCUGAAAAUCAAAAGUACCUUUUGUCGCUUAUAGCGGUUAGAAUCUGAUAUAUCUCUACUAUCGUGUAUCACAACUGCCUAUCGUGGUAGAUCUUAUCGUUUUAGAAAAUCGAUGUAAAUCACUGAUUUCGGCGGUGAAGGUGUUGAUUUCGUCUAAUAUAUCAUUAUGUAUUAUAGAAACUAGGAAUAUUUUAUAUUCAAUGUCAGCAUUUUUGUAAUACAUGAACGUUAGCGUAUAAAAUCAUGGAAGCGGACGUGAAAGGUGGAAAAUGUGUCGAAUCUCGUCUUAUACAUCUCCUCGUAUAUUUACCCAGCUUUAUGUGGUAAUGAACCAUUCCAAAAUUUCACUCUCUCAGUGUAAUAAUCAUCAAAGACAUUUAAAUACUUUUAAUUGAUCGCAAAGAUGAUUAACGGCUUUGUAUAUUGUUGUAUUUGUUAUAUUAAGACGUAUUGUUAUGUAAUAUGUUACUACUCGUUUCUUUAAUGUGUAUAUAUUUAUUUCAAAGUUUUUGCAGGAAACAAGACAGUUUGGUAACCGCGAAUGCCAAAUGUAAUGAUUUCGUCGUGAAAGAAUGUAACUUUUUAGCACUUUGUUUUGUAUAUUAUGUUGAUAAUUAAUAAUAUAAUAAUUCUUACAAACUGAA